GCACUGAGCUGCAGGGUCAGGGUCCACAGCGGUGCUGGACGCUGCUGGCCCAGGAUGCUGAGCGCUGCGCGGGCAGCCUCCUCCGCUCCCCUCCUCUGGCCGCAGCUCCUGGAGAUGGCGAAGCGCACCGUGGCCACCAGCCUGCUCCGUGUCCCCCCGCCCCAGGAACUGCUCCAGCCCCUGGCUGUGCCGGACAGGCUGCUGCUGGGACCAGGACCCAGCAACGUGCCCCCCCGCAUCCUGGCUGCGGGUGGCCGGCAGCUCCUGGGCCACAUGCACCCCGAGGUGCUGCAGGUGAUGGACGAGAUCAAGGCGGGCAUCCAGUACGCCUUCCAGACGCAGAAUCGGUUGACUUUGGCCAUCAGCGGCACCGGUCACUGCGCCAUGGAGGCUGCGCUGCUCAACGUCCUGGAGCGCGGCGACACGGCACUGGUGGCCGUCAACGGCAUCUGGGGACAACGUGCUGCCGACAUCGCCAGGAGGCUGGGAGCCAAUGUCCAUGAGCUGCUGAAGCCCCCAGGCGAGUACUUCACCCUGCGGGACAUCGAGGAGGGUCUGGCACGGCACAAGCCCUCGGUGCUCUUCAUCACCCAUGGCGAGUCCUCCACGGGGGUGCUGCAGCCACUGGAUGGGCUGGGCGAGCUGUGUCACCGGCACGGCUGCCUGCUGCUCGUGGACGCAGUGGCAUCACUUGGGGGAGCCCCCAUCUUCAUGGACCAGCAGGAGAUUGACGUGCUGUACUCAGGGUCUCAGAAGGUCCUCAACGCCCCCCCUGGCAGUGCCCCCAUCUCAUUCAGCGAGCGAGCCAGGGAGAAGAUGCUGAGGAGGAAGACUCAGCCCUCAUCCUUCUACCUGGACAUGAGCUGGCUGGCAAACUACUGGGGCUGUGAAGGCGAGCCGCGAAGGUACCACCACACAGCGCCGAUCAACAGCUUCUUCAGCCUGCGGGAAGGCUUGGCCAUGCUGGCGGAGCUGGGUCUGGAGAGCUCGUGGGAGCGCCACCGGGCCAACUGCAGCCGCCUGUGCCAGGGGCUGCGCGACCUGGGGCUUGAGCUCUUUGUGAAGGAGGAGAAGGCGAGACUUCCCACCAUCACCACUGUCAAGGUGCCUGAGGGUUAUGACUGGAAGGACAUCACAGCCUUCCUCAUGGACAAGCACGCCAUCGAGAUCGCCGGGGGCCUGGGCCCCUCAGCGGGCAAGGUCCUGCGCAUCGGCCUCAUGGGCUGCAACUCUACCAGCCGCAACGUGGACCGUGUGCUGCGCGCCCUGCGUGAUGCCCUCGGGAGCUGCCACCGCAGCCGGCUCUGAGCGCCCCUGCACGGGGGGGUCCAGACAAGGCGGAGAGGCUCUGUGCCCCAUGCCCGGCUGCAGGCAGAGGGCUCCGCUGCCUCCCUGGGAUGCGGCAGGACGUGCUGCAACACCCAACAACUCAAGCCAGAGCGGGAAGG